UCUGUAAUUCGUGUGACGACACAAUUAUUGUAAACGAUUCUCCAAAAUGAAGGGUUGUAUGUUCAAUAUUGAUGGUGGCUAUUUGGAGGGUCUUUGUCGCGGACUUAAAUGUGGAAUUCUUCAGCAAAGUGACUAUCUCAAUCUUGUACAAUGUGAAACUCUUGAAGAUUUAAAGCUGCAUUUGGCAGGUACAGAUUAUGGCAGUUUCUUGGCAAAUGAGCCAUCACCACUCUCUGUCAGUGUGAUUGAUGAUAAAUUAAGAGAAAAGCUUGUUGUGGAAUUUCAACACAUGCGCAACCACUCUGUAGAGCCCUUGUCACAAUUUCUAGAUUUUAUUACUUACAGUUACAUGAUUGAUAAUAUUAUCUUACUAAUUACUGGAACUUUGCAUCAAAGACCAAUUUCAGAGUUGAUUCCUAAAUGUCAUCCUCUUGGCAGCUUUGAANNNUUUGUAUUGUUUCAUCACAUUUCGACUUAUAUCAUAUUUUUAUUAUGUUGAAUAUUUUAUGAAAUUAUAGCUCCCUUCUUCGUGGAUUGCAUUUCUGAACAAGAUUUAGAUGAAAUGAAUAUUGAAAUAAUCAGAAAUACAUUAUACAAAGCUUAUUUGGAGGCAUUUUACAAAUUCUGUAAAGAAAUUGGUGGAACAACUGCAGAUACCAUGUGUGAAAUACUUGCGUUUGAAGCUGAUAGACGAGCAAUUAUUAUAACUAUCAAUUCAUUUGGAACUGAAUUGGGUAAAGAUGAUAGAGCUAAAUUAUAUCCACGUUGUGGAAAAUUGAAUCCUGAUGGACUAGCAGCACUGGCAAGAGCUGAUGAUUAUGAACAAGUUAAAGCUGUAGCAGAAUAUUUUGCUGAAUACAGUGCCUUGUUUGAAGGUGCCGGUAACAAUCCUGGUGAUAAAACUUUAGAAGAUAAAUUCUUUGAGCAUGAGGUUCGCUUAAACGUUCAUGCUUUCCUUCAACAAUUCCACUUUGGAGUAUUCUACAGUUAUCUUAAAUUAAAGGAACAAGAAUGUCGCAACAUCGUAUGGAUAGCGGAAUGUGUUGCACAAAAGCAUCGUGCUAAAAUAGAUAAUUACAUUCCAAUAUUUUAAUACGCUUCUCAAUGUUUUGUUGAUUACCUGUGUUUAACUAUGCAACAAUAUCA